CUGUACCACCUUUGUUGCUUCAUCGAGUCCAACUUGCAAACAUAUCGAAAUCCCUGCCCUUCCAUUUUUGAUAUCCGUUUCAUUUUUUUUUUUUUUUUUUUUUCGAGUUCCCCUGGCUGUGACUCAUCCUCGUGGUGCUGCAUUUUUGUCCAUCCAUCCUCUUCACACCAUCAUGGAGUCCACAAGGCUUCUUUCGCGACUGCAGCGGAUGUAUUCCAGGGUCGGGAUACAUACCUUCCCCCGGUCGGGGAUGCAGUCAAGUUCACGAGCCAGCUUUCCUCUUCCCUCCCAGCGUGUCUCCUUUUUCCCACCUCGACAAGCCGCCUGCUUCUCAACCACCAAGCCACCAGCGUGUGCUAAUACAGACGCAGACCGCUUCACCUCUGCUCUGCACCAGAACAAAGACUGGGCAGCACAGAUCUCCAAGGAAGACCCCUCACUGUUCCCAACGCUUGCGAACGGCCAGCAGCCCGAGAUCCUCUGGAUCGGCUGCUCCGAUUCCCGAUGCCCCGAAACCACUCUUCUUGGUCUUAAGCCGGGCGAUGUCUUUGUCCACCGGAACAUCGCCAACGUCCUGCACGCCGGCGACCUCAGCUCCUCUGCCGUGAUCGAGUACGCGGUCCGUUACCUGCGCGUCAACCAUGUAGUCCUCUGUGGUCACACCAGCUGCGGUGGUGUCGCCGCGGCCCUGGGUAACAAACAGUUGGGAAUCCUGGACCCCUGGUUGCUGCCCCUGCGCCAGCUCCGGGCCAAGAACCUGGAUCUGCUGAACUCGCUGCCGGCUGACCAGGCGAACCUUAAGCUGGUUGAGCUGAAUGUCUUGGAGGGAGUCAAGCUGUUGAAGGAGAAGAGCGUGGUGUUGGAGGCGAUCCAGGAACGUGGGCUAUGCAUUUUCAUCAUCUUUCAUCUUUCCACCUUUCGAUCAUUCCACAUUGCAGGAGCGAUGAGCUCAUCAAGUAGCGUUUUUUUUUUUUCCCUUCAUGAUAGAUGAUCAAACAAGUAGAUGACGAGAGAGAGAGAGGGGGUAUGUAUUGUGUGCACACAGUAUAUGUUUGUGAUGGGGACAGCAGUGUUAGGUGUGGAGUCAAGCAAUCCGUAUUAACAUGAUGGGAGAAGUUAGAUGGAAGGAAGAGGAUGAACAGAACUAGAGAAGAGAGAAGAGAGAGAGGAAAGAGAGGGAGGGAUGGGAGGGGG